AUGAUCGAUUGCCACGCACAUCUCGUCGACAACAAAUUCAAGGAAGACAUCGACGAUGUGAUCCACCGAGCAAAAACCGCGGGUGUCGCAAAGGUUGUUGUGGUUCCCGAGUGGCCCUCGCAAUUCGAUGCCGUUUUCGAGCUACACGAAAAGUAUCCGGAUUUUGUUGUGCCAUCGCUGGGGCUACAUCCGAUUCGUAAAAAUCGUAAAGGCGUCAAUCGAGAAGAGAUCGCGCAAUUGGAAGCGGCGCUAGUCAAAUAUGAGGGGCGAACAAAGUGUAUUGGCGAGGUCGGUCUCGACUACACGACAGAACUAUGGAAGAUCGACGAUGCGAGUAUGGAAGCGAUGCGGGAUGUGUUGAAGCAUGAAGUCCAUUUGGCACUUCAAUAUGAUCUACCGAUGACGGUCCAUUCUCGCACCGCCCAUUUGGGAACCAUCGAAUUGUUGGCGGCUAGCGGUGCGAAACGAGUGGCGAUGCAUGCUUUUGGAGGCUCGGCGGAUGAAGCCCUGGUCGGCGCGGAGUACGGCUUCUACUUCAGCAUUCCACCGUCAUUCUCGAUCGGCGAUAAGGGCUCUGCCGUUGUCAAGGCCAUCCCAUUGUCGAAUCUACUUUUGGAAACGGAUUCCCCAGUUUUGGGCCCAGUUAAAGGACAACGAAAUGAGCCUGCCAAUCUCAUCGAAUCGGCCCGAUUUAUCGCCCGAAUCAAAGGCAUAUCCGAGCAAGAAGUCAUCGACGCGACAACGGCAAAUGCAAAAAGUUUAUUUCGGUUG